AUGUUCUCUCUCGACUUUAGCUUCUUCGGCUUCGCCGCCGUGAAGCGAUUUGUCGUCCGCCUCUUCGACGGCGCCCCCUCUGCACCCGUCUCCGACUCUUCGCCUCCAAUGGUCAAGACAUUCCUGCUGCCUACUCGCACCGUCCGCGAACCACCUAGCUCUACACAUAUCUCCGGAAGCUUCGGCUUUUUCGACGCCCUCUUAGCGUUCGUAGUCCUACUCAUCGGAUCGACACUCCUUCUCUCCUCUGUCGGUCCUCUCAAACUCCGCGGGGAAAGACCUUCAAAGUGGUACAACGAGACUAUCAUUCAUUUAACUCGCUACGUGUGCCUGGUUUUGGCACUCGCCUUGAUAGACGAUGCAUCGGCUCAAGUAUCUCGUUUGUAUCAAGUGUCGGCGGGGUUUGCACGACUGCUGCUUGGCUGGAUGGUCGCUCCAGCGUUCAACUAUGGGGUGGUUCUCGGUGUCACUAUCAAAGACCUGAGUGGCUCGAGUGGUGGCAACGAGGCCUUCCUUCUCAUCACUCUCUUCGUUCUGGUCGCUGCUGCCGUGAUUGCCGUCUGGUUCACAGUGUACCAUAUGCAGAAAUGGACAUCCGACCUCAAGUUGGCCGUCGCGUUGAUUCUGCUGGAGUUGGGGCUCUGCACUCGAGGCUCUUCAGCUACUACGGGUUACGCCCGGGCUUCCCAAAUGGUUCUCUCUAACCUGCGUUCUGGACAUGCGAAAACGGGAUUAUUCGGGAACCCUCCUACCAGGUAUAUCGAAGAGAGCGAGAGAGUGGGACUCGAGCUCGAGGACGCUCACAUCGACAUCGACGACGCUACGUCCCAGGGCGGAGACACUGGCCCCCACUAUGGCUUCCUCAUUGACCACAUUUCGCUCCCUUCCACGCCCUCUUUCACCGACUCUCCGUCGAUGGCAGCUGUCUCCUUGCACAUCUCCGCGUGUACCGUUUCUGACGAUGACGGGGACCGCUCCGAUGACGAGCCAGAUAUUCUUAGGGACUUAGCUAAGAUGAGGGCGGAGGACCCGAAGAAUGAAUUGCUUCGCCCUCCUCCGGUUCCCCGUGACCCUUGGGACCUCGACUACGACGAAGAAGCGUCUCUCGAAGAGGUGGAGGAGAUCGUUUCCACUCCCAAUCCUGCCAUUGUCAACCUGCAACCCACCAGUGAGUCUACCCAGGCCGUCUUGCCUCCCCCUGGGAGCUCUCUGGAUACGAUUGCCGAGAUUGAUCAAGACGAAGGCCUCACUGAAUGCGACAUGAGCGUCGAAAUUGAAGACUACUCGAAACGGCCUGCUCCCCCUCUCGUGUGCGCUCUAUUCCCUCACGGCGUUCUGAUCUCUGGGCGCGAAGCUCUCGUAUACGACACUUCCAGCGGCUGCGCUCGUCUGCCAACCCUCGGUCCGGACUACAAGCCCAUCGAGGGCAACGGUAGGCUCAACGCUCCUCCUCGCCACCUUUGGGAGAAGAUUGCAUGCGCAGCCGAAAAGGCGUUCCACCGCGACCCGCACAACUUCCGGAAGUGGAACUGGAGGGAGCACGCGGAAGAGCUCGAGGCCGAGGACGCCCUCCCAAGCCAUGGGUCCCUCCAAGCUCUCCAUGACGCCCUCAACUCGAAGAGGUGGGACCGUAUCUCUGGAGAGGAGUUCCAGGCGAGUUCCCAGCUUGGACAUUCCGACUCGCUCGACAGCUUGCUCCGCGCCGAGGAUGGUGUGGAGCUGUGA